AUGUGUGAGAAUCGCAGUCAAGCUACUAAUGUCGAAAUGAAGAAAAAUAUUAAGAAUGCGAAAAAUAAUAUUGAACUAUCAAUUUCGUUAAGUGUCGCUUUAGAAGCCAUGAGUCCGCCAUUCCCGCCUGAAAUUACAGCAGCUGAAAUAAUUGCUCCAAAACAAGAUGGUAGAGCACCAACAAAAGCACCAAAUAAUUUUUUAAUUUAUCGCAAGGCAUUUGUUAAAGCAUUGAAUUCCAAAGGAAUAUUUCUCCCUAUGAGAGCAGUUUCAUUAGCUAUUUCCAAAAGAUGGAAAUCCGAACCGGCUUGGGUUAAAGAUGCAUACAGUCAAAUCGCUAACGAAGCAGGACAAUUGUUGAACGAACGCCAUUAUGGUCUAUGGGAUUCUUACUUGACUACCGAUUGUCACAUUAAAGCUUCUUCUCGACCCGCAGGAGUUGUAGUUCGUCCUCGUAUCAAAUCAAAUAGCUUAACUCAAUCAAGGCUGGACAUUAAAUUAAACAAUGACAACAAAAAGCAUAUUUAUCAUAAACCAAAAGAAUCUGCCUGUCUAUCAAUUAAUUCAAUGAUAACUGAAUUUAACGUUAACGCUAAAGAGGUUGUAAAUACAAAGAACAUUGAUUCUGAAAAUCUCGCUUCCAAAGAUCAACAAUCUUUGAAAACUAUUAUUCCAAUUGUUCCGGGAGAACAAAAAGAACAAAAACCAUCAAACAUUGUUGAGUCAGAUGGAAAAAUCAAAAUCCUGAACCAGCCAAUGAAUAGUAACCCGGUGUUCAAAAAAAACGAUUCUCCUGAAACGACUCCGCCUAUGACUCCUGAUCCCGAAGUUCGAUCGUUAGAAUCGCAUAUGUCAGCAGCACAAUCAUCUUCUAUAGAUGAUCACGAAGAAAACAUCACCUGUGAAAAGCAAACCGAGUUCAUAGCGGAAUCGACCUAUAAUGAAUUUUUACUCACAGAAAUGAGUGUUGAAUCAUCUGCCUAUUUUUAUAAUCAUCCGUGUUCUACAGCACUGGAAAACUUUUAUUUUGCAAACGAGUUUUCUUCCUUUGAAAAGCAAGCUGUUCCUUACCACUCUCCAGAUACUGACUACGAAUUAGAUCCGCUGGAAGGACGUCUUAAUAUUUCAAAUCUGGCAUUUCAAUCAUCAAAUCAAUGUUUCUUUGCCGAAAAAUCUCCGUGUUACUAUUAA